CUUCCCACGCACCCGAUAAAUAUAAGGAUGUAAAAGAUGGAAUGGAUUCAGACAUGUAUCCACUUGCUUGAAUUUCACGGCAAGAUUUGAGAUAAAUGGGUUAACAUGCCACUCCUUCUGUUUGUCAACAACUUAGAUUUGCAGACAGUGGAAAAUUCAAUCCUCUCUCACACGUGACGUGCGACUUUCCAGCCCGGCGGGAUCGCUGGCCAUAGUUUAAAAUGCAAUCCUAGCCAUCUGUCCACUCUCGCCGAAAUAUCUUCCCACUGCGAUGUAUUAUCGAACACCGGGGGGCGUGGAUAGAGGGGGAUUUCUCUACACGCCACAUACACAACCCGCAUGCGGCGAAUGAAGCGCACCGUGAACACCGCUCACACAGCCGGCCAUGUGGCAGAGUCAGCCUGCGGGGCAAAGUCGUGCCCAGGUGCCCCCGAAACACGAGAGAAAGCGGAACGGAAAACGGCAGUUGGGGUUCACGAAAUCGGCUGUCUCCUGGACCUGGAACGAGAAGAGAUGCAGGACGAAGAGGAUCCGAUGGACUACUGCUACGGAGGGUACCACCCUGUUCAGAUAGGGGACACCUUCAACAGACGAUACCAGGUUCUAAGAAAGCUUGGCUGGGGCUACUUCUCCACGGUCUGGCAGUGUCUGGACCUCAGUACUUUUGUACUGAUGUUUGUGUGUGUGUGUGUGUGUGUGUGUGUGUGUGCGUGCAUGUGUGUGUGUGUGUGUGUGUGUACAUGCUGCAGGUUGAGUAGGCAUGUAGCAGUAAAGGUGCUGAAGAGUGCAGCGGGCUUCACACAGGCUGCUCAGGAUGAGUUAGCACUGCUGCGCUGUGUCUGCGGGCCCAACAGGAAGCACCCACACAGUCAGCAAGUUGUCCAGCUGCUGGACGAAUUCAAACUGGCCGGAGAGAACGGGAUUCACGUGUGCUUGGUUCUGGAGCUUCUGGGCCCGGAUCUUCACAGCUGGCAGAACUGCUUUGGGAACCCCGGUCUCCCACUUCUCUGGGUCAAGCAGGUCAUUAAACAGGUUCUACAAGGGCUGGAUUACCUACAUAACCAGUGUAAAAUCAUACACACUGACAUCAAACCUGAAAAUAUACUGCUGUGCUUGGAGAAUCAAUCCUGCAGGCAGACAGCAGAGGGCGCAGUUCGCACACAGUUCCCAGGCAAAGAGGCACUGAACCAGGACAGUGCAGUUCCAGUAAGCAAGUCCAGGGGCAGUGGGUUGAUGUCCAGCAGCAUGGAGGGGAUCUCUGUCAAGAUAGCUGACCUAGGGAACUCCUGCUGGGUGUACAAGCACUUCUGUGACGAAAUCCAGACGCGUCAGUACCGCUCCCUGGAGGUUCUGCUGGGCUUAGAGUAUGGCCCGCCAGCGGACAUCUGGAGUGUGGCUUGCAUGGCUUUUGAGCUUGUCACUGGCGAAGCGAUGUUUGAGCCCAAGAGAGGGAAGACCUUCUCCUUGGAGGAAGACCACUUAGCUCACAUUAUCGAACUUCUGGGAAGAAUCCCCGCUUCUGUGGCCCUGUCUGGGAAAUACUCUGACCACUACUUUAACCACAAUGGUGACCUGCGUAGGAUCAGUAUCCUGCGCCCGUGGGGUAUGUACGAGGUCUUGGUGGAGAAGUACCACUGCAGCCUAAAGGAGGCUUCCCUGUUCUCUGACUUCCUGCUACAAAUGCUGGAUUUCCUGCCAGAGAGAAGGGCAACUGCAGCCCAGUGUCUCUCUCACCCCUGGCUCAACUCUUGACAGCAGCUACUGAUGAAUAACGAUGACCUCUGACCUUCAACACCCUUUUAUACAUAUUGAUACCCUUUUAUGAAUUGGAUAUAGCCCUUUUCCGACUGGUACCGGCAAUCUGAGUGGAUUACCAGACCAGAGGAUGUAAGAAGAGAGUUUUGAAUUUAACUGAACUCAUUUUAAAUUAUGAAAAUGAAAUCAUUUUUAAUUAUUUAUAUUUAUUUAUAUGUGCCUUUUUAUAAAUGAUGCGUUCAACAUCAAUAUAAGAAAAUUUGAAUGUCUAAACUUCACAAGAUGAUGAUUACAUAAUACCAUAAACAGAAGGGUAGACAAAAAAAUAAAAAAGUUUUACAUAGCAUUUACAUAUUGUUCUUUGCAAAUCUGUUUUGAUGAAAACAACUACCGUUCACUGAAUACAUUAUGAGUUUUUCAUUGUGUGUGUGUUUUUGUGUGUCUUGUGCCCAUUAAGCCUACUCUUUUAAUGGGCAUUGGAGCCUAAAUGCUGUUUUUUAAUAUAAAAUAAAAUAUUCCAAAAUCCA